UUAGCUUGCUGUGCUAGUCCGGUUCCAAUUGAUAUGAUAUCUGUCUAUAUCCUUGUUUUAUUUAGUAGAUUUUCUAUCUCUCCAAGGCUCUGAAACUCCCACAAUCUUCUUAUUCGCUGAUCCUGAGGAGCUCAAGUUUUCAAGAUCUUCUAGAAAGGCACAGAUGGAGGGAGGGCUGAAGGUUGAACUCGAUGGGGGAAAAGAGUGAAGAGAGUCCUAUUUGGAGUGGGCAGCAAACUCCCUAGCAGAGUAAAGGCAAGACACCUCCAGUGUCUACGGGCAUUGUCUGCUCACUAAUAAAGAUGCAUCCUGGUGUCAUGGCUGCCUGGCUCAUAGGAGUCUUCCUGUUUCAGGCAGUAUCUUGGGCAUCCGGUGCCCAACCCUGCAUCCCCAAAAGCUUUGGCUACAGCUCAGUGGUCUGUGUCUGCAAUGCAACGUACUGUGAUUCUCUUGACCCCCUGACCUUACCGGCUCCGGGUACCUUCAGCCGUUAUGAGAGCACUCGAAGUGGACGUCGGAUGGAGCUGAGUGUUGGGUCCAUCCAGGCCAACCGUACUGGCACAGGGCUACUUCUCACUUUGCAGCCAGAAGAGAAGUUCCAGAAAGUGAAAGGAUUUGGAGGUGCCAUGACAGACGCCACUGCACUCAACAUCCUUGCCUUGUCCCCCCCAGCUCAGAAGCUGCUCCUCAGAUCCUACUUCUCCAGCGAGGGAAUUGAAUAUAACAUCAUCCGGGUGCCCAUGGCCAGUUGUGACUUCUCCAUCCGUGUCUACACCUAUGCUGACACCCCUAAUGACUUCCAGUUAUCCAACUUCAGCCUCCCAGAGGAAGACACCAAGCUCAAGAUACCCCUGAUUCACCAAGCCCUGAAGAUGUCCCCACGCCCCAUUUCACUCUUUGCCAGUCCCUGGACAUCACCCACUUGGCUCAAGACCAAUGGAGCAGUGAAUGGGAAGGGGUCACUGAAGGGUCAGCCAGGAGAUAUCUAUCACCGGACCUGGGCCAAUUACUUUGUCAAGUUUCUGGAUGCGUAUGCUCAGUAUGGCAUAAAAUUUUGGGCAGUGACAGUGGAGAACGAACCUACUGCAGGGCUCUUCACUGGGUACCCCUUCCAAUGCCUGGGCUUCACUGCUGAACACGAGAGAGACUUCAUUGCCUAUGACCUAGGGCCAGCCCUUACCAACAGUUCUCAUGAUGUGAAGCUGUUUAUGUUAGAUGAUCAGCGGUUGCUGCUACCCCGCUGGGCACAGGUGGUGCUAUCUGACCCAGAGGCAGCUAAGUAUGUUCAUGGCAUUGCUGUACACUGGUAUAUGGAUUUCCUGGCUCCAGCCAAAGCUACUUUAGGAGAGACACACCGCUUGUUCCCCAACACAAUGCUCUUUGCAUCAGAGGCCUGCGUGGGCUCCAAGUUCUGGGAACAGAGCGUUCGGUUGGGCUCCUGGGACCGAGGGAUGCAGUACAGUCACAGCAUCAUCACGAACCUCCUGUAUCACGUAACUGGAUGGACUGACUGGAACCUGGCCCUGAAUCCUGAAGGAGGGCCCAACUGGGUCCGCAACUUUGUUGAUAGCCCCAUUAUUGUUGACAUCCCCAAGGACACAUUUUAUAAACAGCCCAUGUUCUACCAUCUUGGCCACUUCAGCAAGUUCAUUCCUGAGGGAUCCCAGCGAGUCGAGUUGGUGGCCAGCAAGAAAAACGACUUGGAGACAGUGGCACUGAUACGCCCUGAUGGCUCUGCAGUCGUGGUCGUGUUAAACCGAUCUUCUAAGGAUGUCCCACUUACCAUCAGUGAUCCUGCCUUGGGCUUCCUGGAGACCAUCUCACCUGGCUACUCCAUUCACACUUACCUGUGGCGUCGCCAGUGAUGGAAGAUACCUAAGCAGGCACCUGGGCUUAGCAUGGACAUUAAAGGGAAAGAGUUA